AUGGUCGCUUUCACGGAUAGAAUACUGGGCCGAAUCGUCCACAAUGAGGCCAUGAAAAGUGACCCCAAGGAGAUCUACAACUGGCGCGUCCUUCUCCUGGCCUGUUCGGCAUGCUUCGGUGCCAUGUCCUUCGGGUGGGACAGCAGUGUCAUCGGUGGUGUCAUCAACUUGGACCCCUUCAUCCAUGACUACGGAUUGGGAGACUCAAAGAGUGUGGCCACGGCUAACUUGCAAGGAAACAUCGUGUCGGUCCUCCAGGCUGGUUGCUUCGUAGGCGCUCUUGCCGCCUUUGUUCUCACGGACAAAUUUGGACGCAAGUGGUGUCUGGUUGGCGCUGCCGUCCUGACCCUGGUGGGUGUCAUCAUGCAAGCUGCUGGCUCUGGUCACCUCGAACCCAUGUACAUCGGCCGUUUCAUUGCUGGUCUUGGCGUGGGCUGCUCCAGUGUCGUCAACCCCAUCUACAUCUCUGAGAACGCACCCCGAGCUAUUCGUGGUCUCUUGACUGGACUCUAUCAACUAUUCAUCGUCACGGGUGGCAUGAUCGCCUUUUGGAUCAACUACGCCGUUAGCAUUCACAUGAAGGGACAGACUAUGUAUAUUUUCCCGCUUGCCAUUCAAGGUCUUCCGGCGUUGCUCCUCUUUAUCCUCAUGAUCUUCAGCAACGAGUCACCAAGAUACUUGGCCAAGAGCGACCGAUGGGAACAGGCCAAGAGUGUCCUGCAGCGGGUUCGACAGCUUCCAUACUCCCACCCGUACCUCCAAGAAGAGAUUCAAGAAAUCGCCGACCAACUCGAGUUCGAGAGACGGCUCAUCGGAGACGCCAGCCUUUUGAACCUCCUAAAGGAGAUGUGGACCGUCCAAUCGAACCGCAAGCGUGCUAUUCUUAGUAUAGUCCUCAUGAUCUGCCAGCAGAUGACGGGUACCAACGCCAUUAACACGUAUGCACCCACCAUCUUCAAGAACCUCGGCAUCACCGGAACGUCGACCUCCCUCUUCAGCACCGGUGUUUACGGUAUCGUCAAGACCGUUUCCUGCACCUGCUUCCUACUCUUUAUGGCCGACUCUCUCGGUCGUCGGCGAUCUCUCCUGGUGUCAUCCGUUGGCCAAGCCGUCUGCAUGUUCUACAUCGGUCUGUACGUCCGCAUUGCCCCACCCGUAGAGGGCAACCCUGUUCCUCCUGCGGGUUAUGUGGCCUUGGUCUGCAUCUUCAUCUUCGCCGCAUUCUUCCAAUUCGGUUGGGGACCAGCCUGCUGGAUCUACGUUUCCGAGAUUCCCACCGCUCGCCUUCGACCCUUGAACGUCGCUUUGGCCGCCGCCACCCAGUGGCUCUUCAACUUUGUUGUCUCCCGCGCCGUCCCCAACAUGAUCGUCACGGUUGGUGCUCACGGGUACGGAACCUACCUCAUAUUCGGGAGCUUUUGUGUUUCCAUGUUCUUCUUCGUCUGGUUCUUCAUCCCCGAGACCAAGGGUAUUUCUCUUGAGCACAUGGAUGAGCUCUUUGGCGUUAGUGAGGCUGAGAAAGCCGCCGUUCUUGAUAGAGACGGCAAGGACAAUUAUAUGGCUAAUAUUGAGAUCGUUGAGCAUACCGGUGCUCACAAUGGCCACAAUAAGGUCUAA